GGUAGGGGUGACAAGAUGGCGGCGGAGCCGGUGGAGCUGCACAAGCUGAAGCUGGCAGAGCUGAAGCAGGAGUGCCUGGCCCGGGGCCUGGAAGCCAAAGGCAACAAACAGGACCUGAUCCAUCGGCUCCAGGCCUACCUGGAGGAGCACGCCGAGGAAGAGCCCAACGAGGAGGAUGUGCUGGGAGAGGAGAUUGAGGAGGAGGAGCCGAAAGCGCCGGAGCCGCCCGUGAAGGUGGAGGAGGCGCCGGUGAAGACGCCUGACGUGACCCAGGAGAAGAAAGUGGUGAAAAUCUCCUCGGAAAUCUCUCAGAUGGAGAGGAUGCAGAAGCGAGCCGAGCGUUUCAACGUUCCCGUCAGCCUCGAGAGCAAGAAGGCGGCGCGGGCGGCGCGGUUCGGCUUGGCCACAAUUCCCACCAAAGGGCUCUCGGCAGACUCCAAACCCACGAUAAACCUGGAAAAGCUCAAGGAAAGGGCCCAGAGGUUCGGCCUCAACGUCUCCUCCCUCUCCAAAAAGAGCGAGGAGGACGAGAAGCUCAAGAAGAGGAAGGAAAGGUUCGGGAUCGUCACCGGGGCCGGAGCUGCCGAGGACUCCGAGGCAAAGAAGCGGAAAAGGGCGGAAAGGUUUGGGAUCGUCUGAGCCGCUCCGGAGCUCCGCGCUCUCCUCAGGUGGGCGUUGCCUGAACCCUUCCCCUGUCGAAGACUUGAGCUCCCAGGAUUUGGAAUUCCCGGCGGGAAUUUCGGGAAUCUCAUCCCGGAGCGUUGGGAGCAGCAGGGCCGGGGCCAUUCCCGGAAUUCUGGGGCCAUUCCCAGGCCAAGAGAUUUUAUUUUUUUGGGAAUUCUCCUUUUCCACGAGCGGUUCCCACCCUCGGGAACCUCAGAGACGCCGGGAAAUUCCCGGGAUUCUCCUUCCCAUCCCGAAAUUCCUCAGGAUCCAGGGACAUCCCGGUGCCUCCCUGGCUCCUCACUCAGUUUUUCCCGUUGUUUCCCAUUUUUUCCCGU